GAGAACCUGGCCAUCCUAGAGAAGAUCCGUAAGAACCAGAGGCAGGACCACUUGAACGUAAGUGCUCAUUCGGUAAGAUGUCUUUCUUAUUUUUCAGGGGGGGGAAACGGGAACAUUUCCACCGUUUUUAUAGUCUCUUGUGUGUUUUUCUUAACCCAGUCCUCAGGGACCCCCAGCCAUAUUUCAUCCAUUGCAAAACUAGCUCACCUGAUAACAACAAAUCAACCAAUCAUCAAGCCCAUUGUUGGUUGGCUAAAUCAGGUGCGUUAGUGUUGGACUAGAUCAGAUAUGUGGAGGUACGUGUGGUCCUGGAGGAUUGGGUUGAGAAACGGUGCACUAAGGUAGCCUGGGUCUGAUCCAUAUUGUGUUGUGAUGCCUGUUUCAGGGUGCCGUCUCUGGUUCCGUUCAGGCCUCUGAUCGUCUCAUGAAGGAACUCAGGGAGAUCUACAGAUCACAGAGUUACAAGACAGGUGAGAGCUUUACAGAUCACAGAGUUACAAGACAGGUGAGAGCUUUACAGAUCAGAGUUACAAGACAGGUUAGAGCUUUACAGAUCAGAGUUACAAGACAGGUUAGAGCUUUACAGAUCAGAGUUACAAGACAGGUUAGAGCUUUACAGAUCAGAGUUACAAGACAGGUUAGAGCUUUACAGGUCAGAGUUACAAGACAGGUUAGAGCUUUACAGAUCAGAGUUACAAGACAGGUUAGAGCUUUACAGAUCAGAGUUACAAGAUAAGUGAGAGAUCGACAGGUCAGUUACGAGACAGGUGAGAGAUCCACAGGUCAGUUACAAGACAGGUGAGAGCUUUACAGAUCAGAGUUACAAGACAGGUGAGAGGUGGCCUGGUUCAGCACCCCGUUGGCCCUAACCCUUCAGUGUUUUGUAGAUCUGGCUUGAUGAUGAUAAUGGUGAUAACAUGUUGAUUAACAGUGAUGUUCACCUGCAUAUCUUGUUAUUCAUUUCCAGGUAUUUAUUCAGUGGAGCUAGUCAAUGACAGCCUUUAUGAAUGGCACGUCAAAAUAAGGACGUAAGUAUUCAGAUCCAGGUGUUAUUUCAUAGAGCUGUGGUGGCUUCCCCUGUUUCCCUAUAGUCGAGUCAUUCUGUCUUUAUUUUACAGGGUAGACCCAGAUAGUCCGUUACAUAGUGACUUGCAGGUUCUGAAGGAAAAGGAAGGGUUGGACUACAUUCUGCUCAGUUUCUCAUAUAAAGUGAGUUUCAUUCGUUGAUCGAUUUUUACAAAUUGAUUUACUUUUUUUUCGGGUGUGAAAGCGGUUUUGAGAUAAAGGCGUUUUCUUGUUUGACUCUUGCAGGAUAACUUUCCCUUUGAUCCACCGUUCGUACGGGUAGUCUCCCCUGUGCUGUCUGGAGGGUGAGUGCCGCUCAGUGAAGUCUGGAUGGACUCCUAUACUUCUGAUUCUACCCUAGAGUAGUCUGGCAGUGCUUUUCGUCAUGCCCCUGAUGCAAAUCAUUCUGAACGACUAAACCAUUGAGACUAUCUUGAUGAUGACAGGAAAGUUUAAUACUUUAGCUUCUGCUAAAUUGCUAAAAAUGAGAUGUGCCUAAUCCUUGUCUGGUUCGUUAACCCGGUCUCGGUACUUCUCCACCUCGAACUGGUACUGAGCUGGUACUUCUCCGUCCUGUAUUUCAGGUACGUUCUUGGCGGAGGGGCCUUGUGUAUGGAACUUCUCACAAAACAGGUCUGGAUUUUAAUACCAUUCAUACAAUGUUCAUCCCUAACUAAAGUUGCUGAAGAAGCUGGCUGUUUCUCUUUGCUCAAUUGUCUUUAAAAAAAAAAAUAUAUAUAUAUUCUCCUCACCUCCUCUCCUUCAUUGCCACUGAUCUGACAGAACUGACAAGGUUUCAGCCAGCCCAAUUAUUAUUUCUUUGUGUUGUUUCAGGGCUGGAGCAGUGCCUAUUCCAUAGAGUCUGUCAUCAUGCAGAUCAAUGCAACCCUAGUGAAAGGAAAAGCCAGAGUGCAGUUUGGAGCCAAUAAGGUAAACAACGGUAGUACUGGUACCAUUUGGUAACCAUAGAUAUGUCACACCAUUUCAGGUUGUUGAAGAUUUAAUCUAAUCUGUAUUUUCACUGUAUUCUUCUAGAAUCAGUACAGUCUUGCCAGAGCACAACAGUCAUACAAAUCCCUGGUGCAGAUUCACGAAAAGAAUGGUAAAUGAUCCUCAUUGAACUAUUAAUCCAUAUGAACAUAAAUGAACCCUUGAAUGAUUUUUAUAUAGAUUAUUAUACAAAUCUGUGGUUGUUGUGACAACCUUUGUGUGUUAUUCAUUCCAGGCUGGUAUACACCUCCUAAAGAAGAUGGGUAA